UUCAUCAGUCAUUAUUCGGCACAAUCAUAUUUACACAUUCACUACGCAAUAUUUAACAGAUAGAGAAAAAAAAUGGUCGAAAUUACUUUGGAAACUGUGAAAGAGCACAAUAAACCCACUGAUUUAUGGAUAAUAAUAGAAAAUAAAGUUUAUGAUUUAACAAAGUUCCGCAGUGAGCAUCCUGGAGGUGAGGAAACUUUGGAUGAGGUAGCUGGUCGUGAUGGCACCAAAGAUUUUAUUGAUGUGGGCCACAGCCAAGAAGCUAGAGAAAUCAUGAAAAAAUACUAUAUUGGUGAUUUAGCGGCCAAAGAUUGUAAAAACAAACUACCACUCAGUCCUAAUUCCGUUAAUGCUACUGCUAAUCACGAAAAGCUUAAUGUCCAAAAACAAUGUUGUCUAAUUAGUUAAAUUGUUAUGUUUUGUAUUGUAUAUUAGCUUUUAGUGUCUUGGUUUAUGGUUUUCUGCUCAAAUUAUAGUUCCUUAAAACAUUCCAAUAUUUAAUAAACAAAAUUUAUAUAAAAAAAAUAUCUGCAGGGAAAUUGGUAUUGCCGUUGGAGCUGUGGUUAUUGGAGUUGCUGCCGUACUUUUAAUUAAAAAGGCUUUAGCCAAAAAUUAGUUUAUAUUUCUAUUAAUU